UACAGUAAAGUUAGUAUUCUCUAUUUGUGCUGAGGCACAGACGUUUGGGAAAUACUUGUAAGAUCAUGGAAAUGGCAGAAAUGAAUUUUGACCAAAGCUAUUUAAGAUCUAGCCUGAUCACCAGAGCACCGUAUACAACGCUGUCUAAACUUCUACAAAAGUGGGCAACCAUAAAACCAAAACACGAAGCAUGUGUUUUCUACACCUUUGGCAAACCAAUAACUUCCAUCACCUAUGAAAAACUGUACCAGGAUGCAGUAAUGCUGGCAAAAGGGCUUCUUAAGCUUGGGAUACACAAGGGCGACAUAAUAGGAAUAGGUGGAAACAAUACUAUAGAAUGGCUGGUGAGUACCUUUGGUGCACAACUCGCUGGGGCACGUCCCGUACACUUCAACUUUCACGACAAAUCUGGAGAGAGCUUGAAAAGAAUUAUCAGCCAAGUCGGAGGAUGUAAAAUGCUCAUUUUUGAUCCGGGAGAUAACGACGUUCAUUGGGAAAUAUGUCAGAAAUUCCUGCAAGUUGAUUCAAAAACUGGUGUUGUUGUCGAUUCCGACACACCAUCAGUAAAAUGGGUCGCAUUACAAACGCCUCUGGAAUCCUCUAAGGUAUGUUUUACAAUUGAAGACGUAUUCAGCAAAGAGAAUAUCAAGCUACCGGAAGUAGACCCAGAUGACACAGGUGUUAUUAUUCUGACAUCCGGGAGUACAGGGUUUCCAAAAGCUGUAGAAUAUAGUCAUUAUCGUUUAAUUGAAACUGCAUAUAAUUUCCUGCAUGUAGUUGGCUGGGAUGUCAAAGAAGAUGAGCAGUUUUCGUUCUACGAUGAUCGGCCAUUUUACUGGAUAGGGGGGUACCCGUUUUAUGCCCUUGUAAUAGGAGGGAAACGUAUAACCCUAGCCAACACACUUGCUUUCCCAACUAUAGCAGAAACUAUGAAAUACACUUCAAGUAUUAUAGAGAAAGCAAAGCCCAAAAUCGCCCUUAUUCUUGUUCCUUUCCUUUUGGAGUUACUGAUGUCAAAAGAUUAUUCUUGGAAAAUUCGAACAGUGAUCACAGGGGGUCAGCCUGUUCCAGCUUCGUGCCUGGAAGCCAUCGGGAAAAGGUACGAUACCCUUUCAGUUCUGUACGGCUCGACAGAAGCAGCUUUUAUAGGUGGGAGGAUGUAUAGUUCGCCUAAUGACAAAUAUAUUGGUCUAUCGCCGUUCCCUGGGGUGGAACUGAAAAUUGUAGGGAAGGAUGGAAUGAUGGUUCCAAUUGGAACGAAAGGCGAGCUGCUAUCGCGCACUUGUUUACCAUUUCCAGGUUACAUCAAUGAAGCAGAAAAAACCGCGGCUGUUAUCACUCCUUCUGGUUGGUAUAAAACAGACGAUUUCGGACAUAUUAAUUCUGCUGGUUGCCUUGAAAUAUUUGGCAGAGUGUCUGACGUGAUGGAAAUCUCUGGAGCUAAGGUUCUACCAUCCUAUCUCGAAGAAAUUAUCAAAAGAAAUUCCAAUGUUAAGGAAGUGGUGGUCUUUUCCAUAAAAGAUGAAAUACACUGUGACGACAUUCCCUGUGCAGCUGUUGUUAAAAAGGACGGGGUGACCUUGACUGAGGAAUCCCUAAAGGAUUUUAUCAAACAAGAGUUCAAUCUUUCUGAGGAGGCCAGGUUCAUGGAACAUAUUUAUGUUCCGAAGUACAUUGUGUUUCAAGAGAAGCUACCAAAAACUGCCACAGGAAAAAGCGAUAGGAAGAUGACGAAGAAUGUUUCUCUACCAUUCAUCAAACAAGCCUGAAUGUAUUAUGCAGAGUUUGUUAAAAAAUAUGUCAACUUUCGUAUUUUAACAAAGUAA